GUUUUGAAUGAUUGAAAUAAUCGUCUGCAAGAAAGUGUCAUCCAUGGCAGUUACAUUGACAGCUUUCUCCUAGAAUCUGUAUUCACAAUACAAAUGUAAAGGAGAAAGGCGCUAUAUAUACGAUGUUUAAAAGAUUUGAGCCACUUUCAAAUGUUAUUAAAUCAAUCGUUUGUAGAUCGUUGAGUUUGACUUCGUCGACCUACAGCCAGUACAGAAAUUCAGUAAAACUGUCUUACCAUAUUGAUGAUCUAGAUGAAAAUGAAACAUUGGAGUUCUCUGCAAGUCCACCUUUACUAGUCAUCCAUGGCUUAUUUGGAGCUAAGCAAAACUGGCAUACUCUUUCCAAGAUAUUGGCAAAGAAAACUGGUAAAAAGGUGAUAACGGUGGAUGCUAGAAACCAUGGUAACAGCGAGCACAGUGAUCGGAUGGACUAUGAGCUGAUGAAGGAGGACAUUUUGAGACUAAUGGAUGAACUGUGGCUGGACAGUGCAGUCCUUAUUGGACACAGCAUGGGAGGCAAAAUCGCUAUGACAACAGCUCUCUCCACGCCUGAUCGAGUGGAGGCACUGGUGGUUGUAGAUGUGUCACCUACCAUAAGUCCUGCAGGAACACAGCUGCUAGAGUUUGCAAAACGGAUGAAGCAAUGUAAACUAGAACAAGGAAAACCACUGUCAGCAAAUCGUCACAUAGUUGAAGAGGACCUCAGUCUAGUAGUGGAGUCGAAAAUGGUGAGAAAAUUCCUCAUAACAAACCUGGUGGAGCGAAAUGGCAGAAUCCAGUGGAGAUUGAACCUUGAUGCCAUUAUAUCGAACUACAAUAAUAUCUUAGGAUUUCCACAACUUCUUACUCCAUUUGAGAAAGAGACACUUUUCAUCGGAGGAAGUCUAUCGCAUCACAUCAGUGAGGAAACUAAGCCACAGAUCCAGAGACUGUUUCCGAGAGCCAGGAUAGAGCACGUGCUUGCUGCUGGACACUGGGUGCACACAGAAAACCCAACAGAAUUCUUAAGGAUAUUAUUAAAAUUCUUAGAAGAAAUUAGCUGAUAAAAAAUAUAUAUGUCUACAAUGUUUCAAAUAUAAUAGCACUAUUAGCAUGGUUGAUAUCUGUUGAACAAUACAACACUGUUGUAAUAUUAGAGCUUGGAUGGCAGUUUGAAAUAGGUUACAGAUAUCUCAGUAUUAUGCUAAUAGCACUCGAAAGUAAAGAUACAUUCAUUCAUGUAGUCAAGUCUGUUGAACAAAAAAAAGUAUUUUGAGAAGUAGCUGUGUGUAAAAUGAAAGUCAUCGACAGAGGAAUGAAAUCCACUGUUCUAAUGCCAGCACCUAGAAAUCAAGACCAAAAUGAGAUAGCUAUUUAGCAAAUGUUGUUUCUUGAUUUGUUAGCCAAGAAAUAAAACUGCCAAAUUCA